AUGCAAUUUCCCACCGCCUACCAUUGUCGCCUCCCGUUCUUGCGUGAUCAUCGACAUUUCUCCCUCAUCAGACUGAUACAUGUACUUACGGCUCGAGCCGAGGAUCCUGCUUGUGCCAUUUGUCCAAAGAGCCUGGAAACUUGUGCUAAGCAUAUAUUCGAGACCUUCCCCCUGCUCGAGCUCAAGAUCCCUCUGCACCUCCCUGCAGACCAAUACCCUACGGGCCUACGGCAGUAUCUUCCAGGGUACUCGCAAGUCGCUCUCCCCAGGCGCUGGACCACCAUCGUCAUUCGAAGAUAUCGAGGGAGCUGA